CCAAAUUUUCCAUAUAUAUGAUUGUGUGUGUGUUUUUGAAUACAUAAAAGAGACGUUGUUUUCUUAGCGUGUUUUUGUACGCUUGUUGACUUCAGGGCUUGCUUGCUUGCGUUUAUGCCAAAACCGGUUUAUUUGCGUCAUGUGUCACUACUUGGUUAUUCAGUGAAAGGAGCGGUCUCAAAAAUUGUCUGCCAAGAAGUUUUAGAUUCUUUGCUGGUAAGACGUUUCACAUUCUUUACAAUUGUUUUGGAUGAGGACUUGUGUGUCUUGUGCCCUCACUAUAUCAAUCUUACAGGAAUCUACAAAGACCAGCAGACAGGAGUAACAACUUGUGAAGCCAUUACUGUAGCGAAACUGUACUCCAUUCUGUGUUGUUUUCCCGUAUGUUUCAAUUGGAAACAUACAUACAAGUUCCGCUGUAGAACCGUAGUAAACCGCCAUAUUUUCAAACUUGCCGACAUCUACCUACCUACCAAAUAUUAUGAACAUCCAUUCACAGAUUCUCGAGUUAUACUCUUGAUUGACACAUGCAUCUACAGCCACUCCACCAAAACAAAACCGUCUGGAGGAGGUUAAUAGUUUUGAUUGGAUGAAAAAUUAGACGGACAUAAUCAAGUCUUCUAGCAGCUCUCCCAUUGGUCAGAUCCAUCUGGCCAAUCAACCGCCGACAGUGAGAGAUUGUGUAAGACACACGUGUCAAGCUAGUUGGUGAAAAAUGCACUUUUGUAAAGCACUUUUAUUUCUGAAUCUCAGAAUCGCGCUUAUCAUCACUCUUUUAUUUGGGUGUGUCGCCUACCUGUAUGCCUUGUCGACUAUUCAACACAUGGGACCAGCUGCAGUAAAAUUGACACGUAACGUUCAAGGUACGGAAAUCGGUAAGUACAGUACAGUAACGCCCCUAGCAACUCAAAGACGAACUGCAGUUAUAAUCGUCACUCAAAUGAGGAGUGGUUUCACGUUCGUUGGUGAAAUAUUUAAUCAGCACCCAAAUGCCUUCUACAUAUUUGAGCCGCUUUGGGCCCUCGAAAACCACAAGAACAAAACCUACAACAAUCCAGGCAUGCAGCUAGAGCUUUUGAGAGGAGUUUCUGGCUGUAGAUUUGAGCAAAUAAAGGACGUUAUGAAAUUUUAUCUCACCACGAAAGGUUUAGGGGUGAUGACAACAUGCCAUGCAGUCGACAAAAUGUGCGACGGUUUCAGAGACAAAAGUGCGAACGCCACCUGGCCAAAAAGAUGUCCGAUUCCAGAAAAUACACUUCCAACCGUUUUGCAAUCAACUUGCGAAGGAAAACAGUUCACAGCGAUUAAGACGAUCCGAUUGGACGAUAUAAAACUACUCCAGCCAAUGGCAGAAGAGGACGAUUUGAAUUUGAAAAUAAUUCAGUUGGUGAGAGACCCGCGAGCCGUUAUUGCGUCACGCCUCAAUCUCAGCAAAAAGAACGUUUCCGUUAUGACUGUUCUUCACGACAAGGUCAACAAGGCAGAAGUGCAGGAGCUCUGUGAUUGGAUGAUUAGAAACGCGGAACUUUACAGAAACAAAGCUGAUUGGCUAAGCGGACGCUUCGCCGUAAUUCGAUACGAGGAUGUCGGAAUGGAACCAAUACAUUCUAUGGAGAAACUGUAUAAAUUUAUCGGCGUUUCUCCAAAAACAGAAGUCUCUAAAUGGCUAGAAAAUCACAUUCAUGCAGCGAAGAGAAGAAAAGACAGAGAAAAUCCGUUCGGAACAAAAAAAGAUCCUAUGAAAACGUCCAACGAGUGGAGAACCAGACUUAGUAUUCGUCAAGUAAACACCAUUCAGUCCGUUUGUAAGAAGGCCAUGGAGUUAUUCCAUUAUCAAAUAGUUGAGACAAAAGAAGAGCUGAGAAAUACCUCUCUUAACCUUUACGGUAAACGGUAUUCUAUUAUUCCCUAAGGCAUAAGGAAGAAAAUGUCGUGUUUUCGGUUCUAAAAAAUCGUGGUCCAACACUAGUUUCAAAAAUGCCUCCGUCCUUGGAGCGUCGCCAAAAAUAUAGGCAUUUUCGUCUGAUGGUAGCACAUGUAUGACUUAUAUUUUUCACGAAAUCUAUGUACUGAAAUUAAUCCAUAACUUGAAACUUUCAGUAUUUUCUCUACUGUAAUUCUUAUUCGUAACUUGUAUUCCAUAUCACAUUAUAUUCCAUAACCUUUGUGUAAUAGCUCUUGCUCAUGAUAAAAGAGUAAAAUGUAUUAGACAUUGCUUCCCAAAUACAUUUGUUGUGGUAUUGAAAGUCUGUUUGCGAUUGUUUGCGAAAGGGUCCUCGCAAAUCAUUGUACAUAGGUUUGUAGUUCAGCGGUAAAACUACCAUAUUUCCAAUAGAAUUAUCUUGUAUCUAAUUUUGGUGCCGAAACUGAGGAAUGUGAUAUUCCGGGGGCGGCCAUUUUGUUUUUAGAGGUCACGUAUUUUACCCGUGUGUCAGACGUCAGUGUGACGGGAAGGGAAAACUGGCGAAAAAUUCGCAAAGUUUGAUACCACAAAAAUUUGUCUCAAGCUAGCGCGACCCAGUAUAGAUACUCACUCACUUAUUUAUGUUUUUUUGCUUGUUUUCGUACAACUACAUGCUAAAAUACCCCAAGGCAAAAAAGGAGUGUAGUCUGAUUGUGCAUUGAAAGGCUGUGUUGUUUGUGAUCGCCCAUAUGUAAAAUACUUCUGUAAGUCAAACACAUAAAACUUAUACCCGUGUGUCCUGCAUGUUUAUUAUUGUUUCUGAAAUUCUGGUCGUCUAUGUCUCCUUUUUGUA